UCUCACUUCAUCUUCUGAAAUUUCGCUUCCUGGUUUUUAAGUUGCACGAAGAGCGACAUCUGUGUCCUGAAGAGUUGACUCACCACACUAACUGAUCUCUCUCCUGGCAUAGCUUUCUUUUGUUAUUUCCUUUUUACCUUUACCUCGGCGUAGGAAACAAAUCCUCCGGGUAACAUGGCGCUCUCGCGCCAACUGCGCGAUGAAAGUGAUUUUGAUCAGCUUCCAGAUAACAUCCCCAUCAGUGCAACCAUAGCAGACAUUGUGGAAAAGAAGGGGUUCAUUGUCUACUAUCAAUUUGUGAUAAGUGUGAAGACUAAGGGUGGUAGUAAGUACCUGAUUUACCGACGCUACAGCCAGUUCUUCAGCCUGCACCAGAGGAUGGAGCUUAAGCUGGGAGCUCAAACUUACUCGUGCACUCUCCCCCCCCUGCCAGGGAAGAUAUUCAUAGGAAAUAAGAAAGAGAUUGCCGAAAACCGAAUCCCAGAGCUCGACGUUUACAUGAAGAGGUUGCUUAGUUUGCCCACGUGGGUUAUGCUAGAUGAUGUGAUCAGAAUGUUCUUCUACAAGACGGAGUCUGACAGCCAGCCGGACCCACAGGCCUUGCGGCGCCAGAGACCCCCCACACGCAGAGUGAAAACCAUCAAGCCCAAAACUGACCUGCUCUCCUCCCCCAGGGCUGAGGCGAUGUUUGACUUCAGCGGGAGCUGCAAGCUGGAGUUGAGUCUGAAGGCCGGGGAGGUGAUCUUCCUGCUCAGGAGAGUCAAUGCCGACUGGCUGGAGGGUACAGUGAGGGACAGGACAGGGAUUUUCCCAGAAUCCUUUGUGAAGAUCAUCAAGCCGCUGCCGGGGAGUGACUCUGAUGGUGAGGGGGAGGCUGGCCGGCCCAAACACCCGGCGGUCAGCUGCCUGCGCUGCUGCCUGCUCCGGCCCCAGGGCGUGGACACCAGGGAUCUGUGUGUCGAGGAAGAAAUCUCCACACAGCCCUCCUACGACGAGCUCCUCACGCGGAUGAGAGACCUGUUCCAGAUCAAGGACAUCGCUCUGAACUACCGGGACCCCGAGGGGGAUCUGGUGCGCAUCCUGGAUGAUGAGGAUGUGGUUAUCAUGGUGUGGGAGAGCAAAAGGUCAAAGGUGAAGAGGCCUGUCAAUCAAUACCCGUGGGAGCUGCACGUCUCACUCUCCUCUGAUCUCACUGUAUACAACACUGAUUUCUAGGCGUGGUUGUGUGUGUGUGGGUGUGUGUGUGUGGGUGUGUGUGUGUGUGUGUGGGCGCGUGUGCGUGUGUGUAAGUGCAAACAUGUUCAUUUCAUAUGGAAACCAAAGGAUUUUUACAGCAUUAGGUAUAAAUAUAAUGUUUUGACAAACUUUGAAACAUACAGUUGUAAUGUUACCUUUCUUGCGCUUCAGUCAGUAAUAUAACAAAUAAACAGCUACCACUACUGCAAUAAA